AUGAUGAUCAGGUCGGUCCAAGCUGCUCCGCGCUUGGAUUCGCGGGGAUACCCAACUGUUCAAGUUGAUCUCACUACAGAUAGAGGUGUCUUUCGAGCUAUCGUUCCUUCUGGUGCAUCCACAGGUGCGAAUGAAGCCAUUGAGCUGCGAGAUGGAGGUGUUUCUGCAUAUGGCGGCAAGGACGUCCAGAAAGCUAUUUCGAACGUCAGACUGGUCAUUGGUCCUGCUCUAGUAGAUAGUGGGCUUAAGGUUGAUACCGAACAGAAAAUGAUUGAUUCUCUUCUUAAGAAUCUGGAUGGUACGAAAAACAAGGCGAAGCUUGGGGCGAACGCCAUCUUGGGCGUUAGUAUGGCAUGUGCCAGAGCAGGUGCAGCCCAUUCAGGGAUACCGCUGUACGAGUUUCUGCAACGUGAGUCUGGAGCAAAAAGACCAUUCGUGAUGCCAGUGCCGUUCUUCAACGUCCUGAAUGGAGGUGUGCAUUCGGGUAACAAGAUGGCUUUCCAAGAAACUAUGAUUGCUCCUGUUGGAGCGUCCUCUUUCACGGAAGCAGUAAAAAUGGGUAGCGAAGUUUACCAGCAGCUGAAGAAGAUCAUCAUUGAGAAGUUUGGACCAUCUGCUAUCGGUAUUGGAGAUGAAGGGGGAUUUGCACCACCGAUUUCCCAGCCUCAUGAGGCAUUAGACCUUCUGGUUGAAGCCGUCUCUCUUGCUAGAUAUAGCGGCAGAAUUAAAUUCGCCAUUGACCCUGCAUCAAGCGAAUUCUUCAGGGACGGAAACUACGAUAUUGGGCUUAAAGACGACAAACCGAACUUGCACAGCUCAGAGCAGCUUACAGAGCUGUAUCGCUCAUUGCUGCAAAAUUAUCCCAUCGUUCUACUGGAGGAUCCGUUUGCCGAAGCUGAUUGGGACAGUUGGACCAAAUUCAACAAAGAAUGUCCAGUCGAACUGGUUGGGGAUGAUUUACUGGUCACGAAUAUGAAAUAUGUGCAGAAGGCAAAUGAUAAGAAAGCGUGUAAUUCUAUGCUGCUCAAAAUCAACCAAAUAGGCACCAUAUCGGAAGCGAUUGAGGCGGCGAACUUGGCCUAUAGUUUUGACUGGAGUGUUUUCGUAUCCCACCGAUCUGGUGAGACGACCGAUGACUUCAUUGCAGAUUUGGCAGUGGGCUUGAGGACGGGCCAUCUUAAAUCUGGGGCACCUUGCCGGGGUGAGAGAGUUGCCAAGUAUAACCGGCUCAUGGAUAUCGAGGACCUUUUGGGCGAAAAAUGCCUUUAUGCCGGUUCCCAAUUCAGGGUAGCAUACAAGUAG